AUGGAAACAAGUAAUCAUAUUGUAGUAACUUCAAUCGCUCUAUUCAGCCACCAAUCUUCCAUAAUUGAGUUUUGCAAGAGACUAAUUGAUAUCAAUAAACAGUUUCAUGCGACAUGCAUUUUCCCAACCAUUGAUGCACCAAUACCAUCCACUCUCAAAUUACUUGAAUCACUUCCUUCAUCCAUAAACUGCAUUUUCCUUCCUCCAAUAAAAAAACAAAACCUACCACAAGAUGUUUUUUCGCAAACUCUACAAACAUUUUCUCAUUCCAUGCAAUCUUUUCGAGAAACGUUGAGACUAUCUUCAACUUCAACAAAACCACUUGUAGCAAUAAUUGCUGAUCCAUUUGCAAGCCAAGCAAUAGAAAUAGCAAAAGAGUUCAAUCUCUUAUCCUUCAUAUACUUUCCUUUUUCUGCCAUGACAACAUCACUACAGUUAUAUUUGCCAACAUUGCAUCAACAAGUUUCAUGUGAACACAAAGAUCACACUCACCUUAUUCAAAUUCCUGGUUGCAUACCAAUUCGUAGCCAAGAUCUUCCUCCUGAAAUAUUUCGUGAUCGUAUUUCUUAUGAGCUAGCUCUUCAACACUGCAAGAUGAUUCCUCUUGCUGAUGGUGUAGUGUUCAAUAGCUUCUUAGAAAUGGAGGAAAGUACAGUGAAAAACUUACAAUAUAAUAAUAACCUAUUGGUUUAUGUGGUUGGACCAAUCAUACAAACUGGUUCAAAUAGUAAGAAUCAAUCAAAUGGGUCAGUGUGUGUGAAAUGGUUGGACAAUCAAAAACCAAACUCUGUUUUGUAUGUGUCUUUUGGAAGUGGAGGCACUUUAUCUCAACAACAGCUAAAUGAACUUGCUUUUGGGUUAGAGUUGAGUGGUCAAAAAUUCUUGUGGGUUGUGAGAGAACCUAGUAAGUCUUCAAAUGUAGAUUAUCAAAGUGUUGAAAAUGUUGAUGAUGAUGAUGAUAUUUUUAAGUACUUACCAAAUGGGUUUUUAGAGAGAACAAAAGAUCAAGGGUUAGUUGUUCCUUUAUGGGUGCCACAGACUCAAAUCUUAAGUCAUAGUUCAACUGGCGGAUUUUUAACACAUUGUGGUUGGAAUUCAAUACUUGAGAGCAUUUUCGAAGGAGUGCCAAUUAUAACUUGGCCAUUGUUUGCUGACCAAGGAGUGAAUGAUAUUUUGUUAACGGAGGGGCUCAAAGUUGGUUUAAAGGUCAAAUUUAAUGAGAUUAAUGGUGUUGCAGAAAGAGAUGAAAUUGGUAAGGUGAUUAGAGAUCUAAUGAUAGGUGAAGAACGAAGUGAGAUUCAACAAAGAAUUUAUGAGCUUAAAGAUGCUGCCAAUGGGGCAUUAGCAAAAGAUGGAUCCUCCAUAAGGGCACUUUCUCAUUUAGGAACUCAAAUGAAAAGCAAGGGGAUAAAUAAAGUGUGAGAGUGAGACUUUCAUUUAAGUGUUUACUAUUUCCUUCAUUUAAGUCAAAUUAAUUGGAUGUACCAAUUGUAUUUUACUAUUGUUGUUUUAUUUGACAAAAUA